AUGACUUCAAAGUUGAGUUUUUCUUCGCCUUUCAUUGAAAAAUUCGUGCUUCUUGUUAAGGCUAAUCCGGUUUUGUACAAUGUAUUAGAUGCCAAUUACAAAAAUAUUUCUUUGAGAAAUAGUAUAUGGAAAGAUAUAUCACUUGAGAUUGAAAAAUCCGUUGAUGAAACCAAAAAAAUGUGGGAAAAUAUUAGAGAUUUAUAUUCAAAAAUAAUUGCAAGAAAAUUAGAAACAGGAACAUCCUUCAACAAGAAAAAAAUUUGGAUAUUAACGUAUCGUCUUAGUUUUUUAGACCAGGACGAAUGUGGCUUAAAUUUGAAUUCCAAUUUGACAAUAACUGAAAUGCAUAACCCGUGCACUUUUCACAAAGAAAAAGGAAUCGUUGAGUUGCUCAAUAAAACUGAAGAUGACUGGCCAAUUGAAUCAAUAAUUAAAAAUUGUCAUAUCUCUAAAUUCAACCAGAAUGAUAAAAAUUUAUUUGAAAAUUCGAAUAAACCAAGGACACUAAAUCAAAAAACACAAAUUAAAAAUAAACAAUUUUCAACAGAGGAAGUAAACCAAAUAGAUGAUAUGGAUUUGUUUUUUGAAAAUGUAUCAUUAAAAGCUAAACAGUUUUCAAGCACUGGAAGAAUUGAAGCGAAGAUGAAAAUAUGUGCAUUAAUGAAUGAAUUGGAAGAGAAGUAUUUAAUUCGUGAACCACCUCUCCGUCCACAGCUGAUUAAACCCAUCUACCUUUUUACAAAUAUACAUAUUCCAACAGCGCAAAACAAUUACUCGUCUUCGUCAUCUAUUCAAUCAUGUACAUCAACAUUGCCUAGCUUACAUUCAGAUUCAGAAUCUUUCUGCUGUGAAUCCAGCGAUGAUUCAAGUUUUACCACUUAA